CUGGCGGCUGUUUGUGAGUAGCUGCCCGUGUGUGCUCUGUGUUGCAGAGGAGCUGUAUGUCUCUGAGCGAGAGGGCAACGACUCCACGGGGGAUGGGACGCAGAAGAAGCCCUUCAAGACUGUUCUGAAGGCUUUGAUGACAGCAGGAAAGGAACCAUUUCCUACUAUAUAUGUGGACUCACAAAAAGAAAAUGAGAGAUGGGCCAUUAUUUCAAAGUCACAGAUGAAAAAUGUCAAAAAGCUGUGGCACAGGGAGCAGAUGAAGAAUGACGCGAAGGAGAAGAAGGAGGCUGAAGAUCUCUUGAGAAGGGAGAAGAACCUGGAGGAAGCUAAGAAGGUCGUGAUCAAGAAUGAUCCAAGCCUUCCAGAACCGAAAUGUGUAAAGAUUGGUGCUCUGGAGCUUUACAGAGGCCAAAGAGUGAAGAUUUUUGGCUGGAUUCACAGAUUACGCAGGCAAGGUAAAAAUUUGAUGUUCAUUGUUCUGAGAGAUGGCACAGGUUUUCUUCAGUGUGUCCUUUCAGAUGAACUGUGCCAGUGUUACAACGGGCUGAUCCUCUCCACAGAGAGCAGCGUCGUGGUGUAUGGCACCCUCAGCCUCCUCCCUGAAGGCAAGCAGGCUCCAGGAGGCCACGAGCUGAACUGUGACUACUGGGAGCUUAUUGGUCUGGCCCCAGCAGGAGGGGCUGACAAUCUACUCAACGAGGAUUCGGAGGUUGAUGUGCAACUGAAUAACAGGCAUAUGAUGAUUCGAGGCGAGAAUAUGUCCAAAAUCUUCAAGGUGCGCUCGGUGGUAGUCCAGGCCUUCAGGGACCACUUCUUUGCCAACGGCUAUUAUGAGGUCACACCACCGACUUUAGUCCAGACACAGGUGGAAGGAGGCUCAACUCUGUUCAAACUGGAUUAUUUUGGAGAAGAGGCAUACUUGACACAGUCCUCCCAGCUCUACCUGGAGACCUGCAUUCCAGCGCUGGGAGAUGUCUUCUGCGUGGCUCAGUCGUACCGGGCUGAGCAGUCCAGGACCCGCAGGCACCUGGCAGAAUACACUCACAUUGAAGCCGAAUGUCCUUUCAUAAGUUUUGAGGAUUUAUUGGACCGUCUGGAGAACUUGGUUUGUGAUGUAGUAGACAGAGUCUUGAAGUCACCUGCAUCGAGCUUACUGUAUGACCUAAACCCGGGCUUCAAGCCCCCAAAACGUCCUUUCCGGCGAAUGAACUACACUGAGGCUAUCGAGUGGUUGAAGGAACAUGAUGUGAAGAAGGAAGAUGGCACUUACUAUGAGUUUGGGGAAGACAUUCCUGAAGCUCCCGAGAGGCUGAUGACAGACACCAUAAACGAGCCCAUCUUGUUGUGCCGAUUUCCUGCAGAGAUCAAGUCCUUCUACAUGCAGCGCUGCCGUGAGGACCCCCGGCUCACCGAGUCGGUUGAUGUGCUGAUGCCCAACGUUGGGGAAAUUGUUGGUGGCUCUAUGCGUAUUUGGGACAGCGAGGAGCUCCUUGAGGGCUACAAAAGAGAAGGCAUCGAUCCCACGCCGUACUACUGGUACACUGACCAGAGAAAAUACGGUACGUGCCCUCACGGCGGGUACGGUUUGGGAUUGGAGCGGUUCCUCACCUGGAUUCUGAACAGACACCACAUCCGGGAUGUCUGCCUGUACCCACGCUUCGUCCAGCGCUGCAAGCCGUAG